AUCUCUAUCCACAUCGGCCAGGCUGGUGUCCAGAUGGGCAAUGCCUGCUGGGAGCUGUACUGCUUAGAACACGGUAUCCGGCCUGAUGGUAUUAUGCACAGAGACUGGACUUAUGGAGCUGCAGAUAACUCCUAUGUUACCUUCUUCAGUGAGACAGGUGCUGGAAAACUUGUCCCACGAGCUCUGUUUAUUGACUUAGAGCCAACCGUGAUUGAUGAGGUCCGUACUGGCACCUAUCGACAACUCUUCCACCCUGAGCAGCUCAUUACUGGCAAGGAAGAUGCUGCCAACAACUAUGCUCGUGGACACUACACCAUUGGCAGAGAGAUUGUUGAUCUGGCACUGGACAGAAUACGCAAACUGGCUGAUGAUUGCACUGGACUCCAGGGUUUCCUCUUGUUCCAUAGCUUUGGUGGAGGCACUGGUUCUGGUUUCACUUCCCUUUUGAUGCAGUGUCUUACUGUCGACUACGGCAAGAAAACCAAAUUUGAAUUUACCAUCUAUCCAGCUCCUCAGAUCUCAACAGCUGUAGUUGAACCCUACAAUGCCAUCCUCACAACCCACACCACUCUUGAACAUUCUGACUGUUGUUUCAUCGCAGACAACGAAGCCCUUUAUGACAUCUGUCGCAGAAAUUUGGACAUUGAACGUCCGACCUACACCAACCUGAACCGGCUGCUCGCUCAGGUUGUGUCCUGUAUUACGUGCUCACUUCGCUUUGAAGGUGCUUUGAAUGUUGAUCUUGUAGAAUUCCAGACAAACUUGGUUCCAUAUCCACGCAUCCAUUUUCCUCUGAUUGCCUAUGCCCCUGUCAUCUCUGCUGAGAAGGCUUACCAUGAGCAACUCUCGGUGGCUCAGCUCACCAAUGCUUGUUUUGAGCCAGCCAACCAGAUGGUCAAAUGUGACCCUCGCAGUGGCAAGUACAUGGCUGUAAGUAUGCUCUAUCGAGGGGACGUGGUGCCAAAAGAUGUCAAUUCUGCUAUUGCCUCCAUCAAGACCAAACGUUCCAUUAGAUUUGUGGACUGGUGUCCAACCGGUUUCAAGGUCGGCAUCAAUUACCAGCCUCCAACUGUUGUACCUGGUGGGGACCUGGCCAAGGUGCUGCGUGCCGUGUGUAUGUUGAGUAACAGCACAGCCAUUGCUGAAGCCUGGGCUCGCCUCAAUCACAAGUUUGAUCUGAUGUAUGCCAAGCGUGCCUUUGUACAUUGGUAUGUGGGUGAGGGGAUGGAGGAAGGGGAAUUCUCAGAAGCUCGUGAUGAUUUGGCAGCCCUGGAGAAAGACUAUGAAGAAGUUGGUAUUGACAGUGCUGAACUUGACCGUGAGGAAUAUUAG